GCCCUCCCGUCUCACAGCCAUGGCCGCGGCGAGCGCUGUACAAAGCCUCCGGGACGAGGCGACCUGCUCCGUCUGCCUGGAGUUGUUCAGGGACCCGGUGAUGAUCGUGGGCUGCGGGCACAACUUCUGCCGAGCCUGCAUCGCCCAGUGCUGGGAGGGGGCCGAGACGGACGUCACCUGCCCCCAGUGCAGACAGACCUUUGCCCAGAGGCUCCUGGGCCCAAACAGGCAGCUGGCGAAUGUAGAAGUGGUCAAGGGCCUGAGCGCGGGGUCAGCAGAGGGAGCUGGGGGCAAGAUGGUGUGCGAGCAACACGGGGAGGCUCUGAAGCUCUUCUGCGAGACAGACCAGGUCCUGAUGUGCAUGAUCUGCCGGGAGUCCCGGGCACACCGAGCUCACCCCACGGCUCCCAUCCAGGAGGCUGCGCAGCAGUGCAAGGUACGGGCGCGCGGGCCCGGUCCGGCUGUGCAGCUGGGGGGGACGUACACCUCCCUGCGGCGCUGGGUCUUUCUGCCCCGCGGCCACGGGACAGACACCACCUAUGAACGACUGCGCCGGUUUCUGGAGGAACAAGAACGACUCGUGCUGGCCGAGCUGGGAGAGGUGGAGAGCAGGAUUGAGAAGCGUCAGGGGGAGACUGUCACCCAACUCUCCAAGGAAAUUUCCCAUCUCACCAACCUGAUCAGGGAGCUGGAGGGGAAAUGCCAGAAGGCCGCCAGUGACCUCCUGCAGGACAUGAGGAGCACGCUGAGCAGGUGCAGGAAGGAGCAGUUCCAGUUGCCAGAGGGGAUUUGCCCAGAGCUGGAAACAAGACUCAGCAUCUUGUCUGGACAAACGCUAGCUCUACAGGAGAUUUUGAGGAAGUUUCAAGAGACUCUGCCGUCCACCUUGGAGAGGGGCAAAAGGGUACCAGAGGGAUCAUACACAAAGGCGACGGUGACUCUGGAUCCAGACACGGCAAAUCCCUGGCUCGUCCUUUCUGAGGAUCGGAGAAGUGUGAGACGUGCAGACAAACGGCAGCCUGUGCCCAAGAAUUCUGAGAGAUUGGUUGUGAAGAAGCGUGUGCUGGGCCGGGAGGGAUUCACCUCUGGGAGACACUGCUGGGAGGUGGAGGUGGAGGUGGGGCAGGGGGACUGGGCCGUGGGGGUCGCCAGAGUGUCUGUGAGGAGGAAGAGUUUAGUCAGAUUUAGCCCCGAGGAGGGGAUCUGGGCAGUGCAGUGCUGGGGGAAUCAGGUCCGGGCUCUCACAGCCCCUGCUGCCACCCCCCUGUCCCUGCGCCGGGUGCCCACGAGGAUGUGGGUCUGUCUGGACUGUGUAGGGGGGCAGGUGUCGUUUCUCGAUGCUGACACCGAGGCCCCGAUCUUCACCUUCCCGCCGGCCUCCUUCGCUGGGGACAGAAUCCGGCCCUGGUCUGGGUGGAAGAACCGGGAUCUGAGCUGAGACUGUGCCAUUGAGUGAUGGGGAACAGCUGGGGAAUGGACCCCCCACGCAGGGAAAUGGGCCGCUCUGGCUUCCUACUCUCUAUGACCCCAGAGGAAUCCCCUCUACCCACCCCCGUUCCCUCCUCUCUGCCCCGGGAGCUGCCCAAGUGAAAGAUCCCGUCUGCACCGACAAGCCCAUCCCAUUGCACCAGACCGAUCAGUCCUGGCACUCGGUGGCCCUGGGGGAGUCACACGCGGCCACCACAAGGGACCCUUGAGGACGCCGCCGCAGCGAUGACUCUGAAACUCAU